AACCCGGAAGUAAGCGCAGUGUUUUCAAAGCUAGUUAUGCACGUGUUGGAAAUAUGGUCCGAUUCAAAUCGAGGUAUUUGCUGUGUGAGGUUUGCGUCCCUGAUCGGAGCAGUCUUCAGCUGUUGGAGGACAGAACCAUCUACAACACACUCAGAGCAGCCGUGAACCGAGCGCACGGCGACUACGGAUCAGCGCUCUUUAACAUUGGGGUGAUAGUGAAAUACCUGAACGCCCACACUGGAGUGGUCCUGAUACGCAGCAGGAAAAAACACUAUCGACUCAUCUGGUCUGCCCUUUCUUUCAUCACCUGCCUUGAGAACAGAGGCCAGAAGGUGCAGUGCUUCCUUAACUGCUUACAUGUUGGAGGAACGAUUAGAACAUGUCAGAAGUUCCUUGUUAAAUAUAACAGACAACAGCUCCACAGAAUGCUGCCAGCCUGCAAGACAGACGCCGAGAAACAAGAGGUUAGGAGAGCGAUCCUGAGCUGUUCCCUGAGUAAUGUCAGAGAGGAGGAAGCUGAUGAAGAUGGAAGCGAUGAUGAUGGUGAUGAAGAGACAUAAAUCCCCUCAUAGAAAAUACUUUAGACGAGUAGUUUAACCAUGCAGUAAUCAGGGAGAUAUACUGAUAAUUUAUGUACUGAUAGUAAAGGGUUCAUGUGGAGCCCCAACAUUUUUUAUACCACAAGACACAUUUGCAUUUUUGUUUUCUGCAGCAUUUUGGGAUUUGUAAAUGGAGUGUAUCAUUCAGAUUACUGAUAUUACUGUAUGAACUCUGGCCAUGUGCUGUGUAGGUCACGUGUAUAUGUAUUUUUUUCUGUACUGAUUAAAAUAUAUACUGCUGCUUCUGUUUGUUAUGUCUGUAAACGUCUCUUUCGAAUAAACCAAAUAUUAACAACAAUAAAUGCUUCGAUAGCAGAAACAGGACUAGC